AUGACCAAUAAAGUCCUCACUAUAAGUUCUUAUGUUUGUUCAGGAUUUGUUGGAAAUAGAUGCGGGAUGAUCAUUUUGGAUUCAUUCCAAAUUCAAUCCAUAUUUGUCCUAACUACACACCUUGCAAACCAUACUGGUUAUCCAGUUGUUGGAGGAAAUGGAGUAUUACUUAAUGAUUUUAUAUCAAUUAUGGAUUCAUUAGAAGUUAAUCAUUUGGAUAAAGAUAUUGAAUUUCUUAUUACAGGAUAUUUUCCAUCUUCAGAUUUAGUUAAUGAAACUAUUAACCGUGUAAAAAAAAUUAAAGACAAUAAGAAAGUAUACUUUUUGUGUGACCCAAUUCUUGGUGAUAAUGGUAAGAUGUACACUAAGUCUGAAGUUCAAGACUCUAUGAAAGAAUUAAUUAAAUAUGCAGAUAUUAUUACUCCAAACGCAACUGAAUUAUCUUUUUUAACAGGGUUAGAAGUUAAUUCAGUUAGUGAAGCACUUGAAGCAUGUCAUGUUCUUCAUGAACAAGGAAUACCAGUAAUAUUAGUUACUUCAAUUAAAGAAGGAAAUAAUAUUAUUCUUUUAUGUAGUUUUAAAGACACACUAAAUAAUAAAAAUUUUAUUAUUAAAAUUCCUCGUAUUGAAGGAGAUUUUACUGGAGUAGGAGAUACUUUAACGUAUACUUUAUUAAGUUGGAUUAUUAAAGGAAUUCCUCUAGAACAUGCAGUUAAUAGAGCUAUAACUACUCUUCAAACCAUUCUUAAAAAUACUGAUGGAACUGCAGAAAUUAAUAUCAUUAAUUGUAUUCCUUAUUUAAAAGGAACUGAAGAAUCUUUUACAAUUACUUACAUUUGA